AUGGAACUCCGCGUCGGCACCGUCGUGACGAGGCUCCGUCGCGUACGCCGCUGGUCAGCCGGUCGGCUGGAACUUCGCAUCGGCAUUGUCAAAACGCGCCCAUCUAUUGCACCGCAGGAGACCGCGGGCUUACGGCGUUGUCGUAAGCUUGGCAAAUUCGAGUUGUUCUUCCACUACAACAAAAGUCUUUGCCCAUAGCGGAGCUCGGCCGCGCCGGCACAUAAAGGCAGCCGUAUUCAGGAUGGCACUGCCUGCCUUCGGGGGGCCUAGACAAUGUGGCCUAAAGAUGCUGGAGAACCACGUCGUCUGCAGGCUGACCGUGGUCGCAGACGUUAAACUCACGGUCGAAACAACCAAAAUCGAAACAACAACAACAGCAACAGUACUAUCUCUCUUCCUCACUCUGCCUCUUCUUCCUCUUCCUCUCCCUAUUCUACUGCUUCUUCCUCUCCUUCAUCAUCUUCUUCUCCCCCUCCUCCUUUCCGCCGCCCAAACCGCCAGACUGGUAGGGUGAGUCCGCUCACUCUAGCAGUCUGGAAUGUUCGCUCCCUUUUAGACAAUCCGAGGAGCAACCGACUGGAACGGCGGACGGCGCUAGUGACUCGAGAACUGGCGCGCUAUAAGGUUGUCAUCGCCGCAUCCAUCGAGACCCGGUUUUCCGAACAAGGCCAACUGGAGGAGGUGGGUGCCGACUACGCCUUCUUCUGGAGUGGUCGAUCCAGGACAGAGCGACGUGACGCGGGUGCCGCCUUCGCCAUCCGGAACGACAUCGUAGGACGACUGUCCUGUUUGCCGCCGGGCAUCCACGAUCGCCUGAUGAGCCUCCGCCUGCCUCUCUGGGGAGGCAAAUUCGUCACCAUCAUCAGCGUCUACGCUCCGUCGAUUACCAGCCUCGACGCCGCAAGAGACAAAUUCUACGAGGACCUGCAUGCCCUCUUGGCGACUGUGUCGAAGGCGGACAAGUUGAUUGUCCUUGGCGACUUCAACGUCCGCGUCGGCACAGACCAUGCUGCCUGGAGGGGUGUGGUAGGCCCCCAUGGUCUCCGCGGCUCAAACGGCAAUGGUCUGCUGCUUCUCCGCACCUGCGCAGAACACCGCCUCAUCCUGACGAACACGUUCUUCUGUCUGCCGGAGCGAGAGAGGGCCACCUGGAUGCAUCCUCGGUCACGUCAGUGGCACCUACUGGACUAUGUCCUCGUCCGGAGGCGAGAUCAGCGGGACGUGCUGGUGACAAAGGCGAUCGCGGGUGCUGACGGGUGGACCGACCAUCGUCUCGUCAUCUCCAAGAUGCGUAUUCGCCUACAGCCUCACAGGAGACCACAAGGUAAGCGACCCCCAGAUAAUCUGAAUAUUGCCUUGUUGUCUUUGCCCGCUCACCAUCUUCAUUUCAACAAUGAGCUAGCUCAACGGCUAGACAACCUUCCAAUUGCUGCCGCCGCCGCCGCCGAUGAUGGGAACGCCUCCGUGGAGAACCGAUGGUGUCAAAUGCGAGCACGGUCUAGACGACGGCGCUGGCCGUCCUCGGUCGCGCACGCCUUCAGCAUCAAGACUGGUUCGACGACAACGACACCGCCAUCAGCAACCUACUCGCCCAGAGGAACCGUCUGCACAAAGCAUACGAAGACCACCCCACUGACGUUAACAGAACUGCUUUCUUUGGCAGUCGCCGCCUCCUGCAACAGCGACUGUGCGAGAUGCAGGACGCCUGGACUGCUCGCAAGACUGAGGAGAUCCAAGGGUACGCGGAUCGUAACGAAUGGAAGAACAUCUUCUCCGCGAUCAAAGCCGUCUACGGUCCGCCGACCAAAAGCACUGCUCCUCUCCUCAGCGCCGACGGCAGUACCCUCCUGA